AUGAAGUCUCAAUGGAGUUCGAAUGGAGUUUAUUUCGGAUUGGUUCGUGUCGUGGAAAUUAUUGAUGAAUCAGAGACUGUGAAAUUUGUGUUGGUUCACAUGUUGGGAGAUUCCACACCCAUGAUGUUGAAAGCUCGUGUUUCUACUCAUAAGGGUCAAGUAGAGGCCUUGUUACAACCCUACCAUGUGACAUUGUUUGCAACCAAUGUGAAUGAAAUUACACAAGAUGAAAUUAGUGUUCUCGUUGCAAAGGCAUCUCAAUCCUACAAGUGGGAAAUUAAAAAGUAA